AUGGGUCGCGAAACUUUCUCUGCGAAUGGCUUGAACCUGGCAUCCACCUCAGAGUUGACGCGUAGCCUGAGUUCUCGCACAUCUCGUCGCCGUGAGCGGCUGAUUUCUGUAGCCGAGCUCACUCAGAUGGCGUGGCAAGGUAUUCCGGCCGACUUGAGGCCCAUAGUUUGGCAGCUGCUACUUACAUACUUACCAUUACCGGUCGCCCAGCGCGUGACGAAGCUGCAUGCCAAGCGGCAGGAGUAUUUGUCUAUGUCAACCUUGACCUUCUCAAAGCCAUUAGAGCAACUUAUUUGGCAUCAAAUUGUGAUAGACGUCCCGCGUACACGACCUGGGGUGCCCCUGUGGGCAGAUCCCAUUACACAAAAGUGUCUCGAGCGUAUUCUUUAUCUCUGGGCAAUACGACAUCCUGCAUCUGGUUAUGUACAAGGCAUCAAUGAUCUCGUGACACCUUUUUUUCAAGUAUUCCUCUCGUUUUACAUCGAUGGGGAUCCUGCAACAUUUUCUCCUUCAUUGCUGCCCGAAGACGUGCUCAGUGCAGUGGAGGCGGAUUCUUUCUGGUGCCUAUCAAAUUUGCUCGACGGCAUCCAGAUGAACUAUAUACAUGGACAACCGGGUAUUGUCAAUUCUCUCAACAAAAUGAGUGAGUUGGUUGGGCGGAUAGACCGCCAGCUUUCCCAGCACUUGCAAAAUGAGGGUGUGGAAUACAUGCAAUUCGCGUUUCGUUGGAUGAACUGUCUGUUAAUGCGGGAGUUGAGCGUGGAGAACACCAUCCGAAUGUGGGAUACCUACAUGGUUGGCAGUCAAGCGUUUUCGCAGUUUCACCUGUUUGUGUGCACUGCGUUCCUGUUGACAUGGAGUAGACAACUGUUGGAGAUGGACUUCCAGGGCAUGCUAAUGUUUUUGCAAUCUCUUCCAACGCAGGAUUGGGGUGAUCGGAAUAUAGAGGAGUUGAUGGGCAAAGCAUGGCAGUUGAGUAACACGUGGAAGGAUGCCCAAAGCCAUCUGGGACGGAAUACUCCUAGGAGAGGGGUUUAA